UGUUUAAGGUGCAAAGUGACUUCAUGGAAAGGGAGAACUAUACCACAGUGACCAACUUCCUUCUCCUAGGACUGAGUGGAUCUCCAGUGGUCCAGUUCCUCCUUUUUUUCAUCUUCCUGGCUGUCUAUGGAACAACAGUGCUGGGAAAUCUCCUCAUUGUGGCACUGGUAGCCUGUGAGCACAACCUUCACACGCCUAUGUACUUGCUUCUGGGGAACCUCUCCUUCCUGGAUUUCUGCUACUCCUCUGUCACAGCCCCCAAGAUGUUGGUAGGCUUCCUUUUCCCAUCUCAGACCAUCUCCUAUGGGGGUUGUGUGGCCCAGAUUUUCUUCUUCCAUUUCAUUGGAGGUAUCAAGAUCUUCUUGCUUACCAUCAUGGCCUAUGACCGGUAUGUUGCCAUCUUCCACCCACUGCGCUAUAUGACCAUCAUGAGCCAUGGUGUGUGUGUUGGACUAGUGACAGCUUCCUGGGUUGGGGGCUUCAUCCACUCCAUUGUCCAGGUAGUCAUCAUCCUCCAACUCCCCUUCUGUGGCCCCAACAAGCUGGACAACUUCUACUGUGAUGUGCCCCAGGUGGUGAAUCUGGCCUGUACAAACACCAUCACCGCGGAGCUGCUAAUGGUGUCAAACAGCGGCCUGGUGACCCUUCUGUGCUUUGUGGUGCUGCUCAUCUCCUACUCUGUCCUGCUGGCCAAGCUGAGGACAUACUCCAGUGAAGGACGGAGCAAGGCCUUGUCUACUUGUGCUUCUCACAUCACUGUGGUGACCCUGAUUUUUGGGCCCUGCAUAUACAUCUAUGCUCGCCCCUUUCGCUCCUUCCUCUUGGACAAAGCUGUCUCCCUUCUCUACACAGUCAUCACGCCUAUCUUGAAUCCAUUCAUUUACACACUGAGGAAUAAGGAUGUGCAAAUGGCUAUGAAGAAGUUCAGAAAGAUGAAUAUGUGAUGCUAGGGUGGGAAUGGACUUUUUUUUAGCCAUUCAAAGCUUCUGUGUGCAUGUCCUAAUACCCCUGACAUGGGUGUCUGGGCACUGUAUCCUACUGGGUGGAAAGAAGACUCUUUCAAUACAUGUCCUUGAUGUUUAAGAGUGCUCUCCUACAGGCUGAAGUAGGAAUUGCUCCUAAGGAAAUUACAUGUUGAAUUAAGGACAAGAAGAGUAUGGAUUUCCUACCAGGCUAGUUCUCUUCUAGUUUCCAAGGGGCCUGCAGGUAUCCAUCUGUUUUAGGUGGCCAAGUGCCACACUCUAGUGGUUGAGACAGAAGCUGCCCCUAUAUCAUUCCCAGCAGGGAACCCUUUCCCUGCUGGGAAUGAUAAAGCUGUUAGUACAAGAUACAAGGAGGGCCUGGAUUUAGAAGAGGACAGGAAUGGGCCCCAAGAUGGGAUUUAGAAUGGGACAGGAACUGGCCCAAGAUUCUACCUUAUCUAAAGUGCAGAUGUAGAUCCACGUCUACUGGAUGGAGAUGGAAUCAUGACAGUUUGUAUCAUAGAUAUUAAAGCGUGGAGAGUCCAGUGGUAGGCCCUACUUGGUGGAAACAAAAUUCUCCUCCAUGUGUCGUAUUCCCUUUAGGGUACAGAUUCAGGUGGCCAGGCCUUUUGGAGCCACCUUCUGGAGUCCUACACUUUUCAAAUAGGUUUUGGUGUGAAAUUAGCUUGUCAGAGUUGGCUGGAUCCUUCUCUGGGUUAGUGAAAAGAUUCAUGACAAAACUCUCAUGUUUCCCUGAGCUGCUCAGUGGCCAUGUAAUUAAUCUAUUGGGUUGGGCUUAGACUAUUUGAGCUGAGUUCCCAACUCUGUCCUUAGCUCCUUGGGCAAGCUACUUAGCCUGGGAUUUUCUAAGAGACCUAAAGGAGUUAGGUGCCUCAAAGCCUCAAAUCCAAACCUUUGAUGCUUUCUAACUCAACUUCCCUGCAGACAUAGUGCUCCUCUGAUUUUGUUUCCCUCUGGUCAUAGGUCUGGGCAGAGUCCCAUUUGGGCUAUACACUUGUUUGUUUGGAUCCUCACAUUCAUUCACAAUACAAGUAACAUUCUGUUUGUACCUUCCAAUAUAUAUUUAGGAUGAAAAAAAUGUAAUCUGUAUCUAAGAAGGGAGCCCAGGAGUUCUGGUUCUCAGUCCCUCACUAUAAUAGAUAAGACUCCACUCCUCUGCUAAAGACGGGAAUAGAAUCCUGUAGUUCUGCCUGAUUUUCUACCCCCUUCCUUCCUCUUUACAUGCUUUGACCAAUAGUCCCUACAACAUCCCAAAGUGGUAGAAGGAACCCAGGAGGCCAAGCCUCCUGCAAGGUACAUCAGAGUUGAAAGGUGAUUUUUAUUUUAAUUCUUCCCAUUUUGAUGACCAAUGGUUUCAUUUCUAACAUAAGGAUUGAGCCCACAUGCUUGCUGACCAUGAUGGAGCUGCGUUGACUUAGAUCAGGAGCAGAACCUGUGGUGAAAAAAGGAGCCUGCAGUAUGUGAAGGCCUGCAUGCAAUUUACACCCAUGAUCAAUGUCUACAUGUGCGCUUAAUUGCAAUAAAUUACCCUGGCAUAAGAUAGAAUUGUCCCCUACAGUACCAUCUUACACUGGCAUAAAUUAGCUUACUUCAGCCUAAUACCACGUGUAGAUGAUGACACUUUCCUUUGCAGCUAAUUAGUCUAUUCCACAGUAAAGUGCACAUGUAGAUGUGGCCAUUAUGAUUAAUAUACUUUGGGAAACACAAAAGCUGUCAACAGUAAAUACUGCCAUUAGUUGUGUUCAGUAUUAAUAGUGCACUGAGACAAAUGGAAGAAGGUCAUGUGUCUUUGGGUUGUUGCUACAGACUAUUGACAAGCUCAGGUACCUCCAUCACUGUAUUGAUUGCACCUGGACCACAUUUUGAAAGUUUCCUUUGCAAAUGAUAUGUGUAGGAAUUGUGAGCCAGAGCCCAGCUGGUAUAUAUUGGCUGUAGCAACAUCAGAGUCAGUGGGGACAGAUCCCCACCUGGUGUACAACAGCACAACUCCUGUGCAGUCUAUUUAAGCAGCAAAAAGCAGAAGUCAGCCUUGUUUUUGGACUAUUGACCCACAGUACACAAAGAGCUAGCAGUGCCUGCUGCAUUCCCUUUGUCCACAUGCAAAGCUCACAGCUACACCUCCACAUUGCAGCCUGGCAAAGCAUAACAGUUUGCUUGGACACUUUUGGCUGCCAAACUCCCCUGUCAGCUAGAGCCCUGAUGACAAAUCCCAGGAGGGCUUACUCACUUUUCUGGCCUAUCCCAGCAUCCCUAGGCAUUUAUGGAAGUUACCUGGCAUAAAAAGAGCUGGCUACUGGGUCAUAAAUGACAUUGGCGGAGAGGGAACAGCUGGAGAUGAAAUUCUGGCUUGUUGUUCCUGACCCUCUGCAGGUACCCAAAUAAGGUGAGCUCGACCUGGAUGGGAUCUCUGUCAAAAAUCUCAUCUACUUUCUCCCUCAUCCUUCCUCCUUCUUUACCUAUUCAUCUCCCUCCCCCAAACCCUAACAUUUGUCACACCUCUUCUUAACUGUAUGUUUCUUUCACUUUCUCUGUAUCCUCCUCCCCUUCUCUCCAUCCAUCUAUCCGUCCAUCCGUCUGUCUGUCCUUCCAUCCAUCUGUCUGUCUAUCACUGAUCCAGUGUGGAGGGGACCAGUCUGGCUGAAUGGAAAGAGCUGAUCUGGGGGACAGGAAUGAGAAGUCCAUAGAAUGAGGAGCCUGUCAGAGAUGAAGGAGGAGGGCAGGAACACUGGGUCUAUCAGGCCCAAGGAGCUGACUGAGAAGGGAAGGGGAGACAGGGCUGGCCAAGCUGGGAACAGCAGGGAAGCUCACACUGGAAAGAAAGUGGUCUGUUCUGUUGCAGCCAUUGCUGUCCUUAUACACAUCUAGUUUUGUUCCUUGUUUUGGAUGAGAAGAAAAGAAGCCCACUGGCUCAGUCAAUAGCUGGGGAGUGAGGAGAUUUGGGUACAGCACCAGUUUCAGCCACAGACUUGCAUACCCUGGAGCAAGUCUCAGUCUCUCUCACUCUCCCCAAAAGCAGAAUGGGGUAAUGACACUGACUGGAGAAGACUGGUGACAAUAAUUACCAUAGGAUCAUAAAAGAUUAAAGACUUCUGGUAAUUUGGGAACUGCAUCAGGACCCAGAUAAAUGGAUUUCAGUGUUAGGGGUAGUCUCCUUGCUGAGGACCCUGUGCCUGCUGGAGUCCUUUGGCAUGGGACUAGGACAUGCUGAGUGAUUGGAAUUGAGUUCUGGGGAAAUCCUUGUUGUGAAGUUUUGCCAAAACAUUGCCUCUGAUGUGGUGUUCUCUUUGUCUGCCCCGUCUGUCUCAUCUUUUCACAUCUCCUCGUUAUGCCUAAAACCUCUGUCUAUGUCCAUCUUUUUCCACCUUUUGCAUGUCCACAUGUGACAGGCUUACCUACUCAAGCUCCAGUAUGUCUAGGGGCUCAAGAAUCUUCAAUUCCAAUUGGUGGAGCAAAUCCAUCAAUCAGAAACAAGCUGGGGGAAAGUAGGCACCACCUCUUUCCCGAAGGGAGGGGGAGAGGAGCUCCCCGACUGGACUGUGGACUGCAGCACGGCAGGUCUGCCGGACUUCAGGGGUGGAAACCCAGAAACGUAUAAAAGGAGAGUGUGCUUGGCAUGCUGGGGAGAAGAUGCAGCAAAGGACAGCAAGGAGAGAGGAGCUCUGGAGAAAACUGUCCUCGGGACACCACCUAAGCCUCAACGGUGCGUGGAUUAGCACGUGGUGCUCAGGCUCUGGGAGCCACUCGAGGUGGCUUGAGCCUGCGAACCCGGCAAGCGGCUGGGUGGGCGGUGCAUGGAUCAGCACAUGGAGAGCCAGCCCUGGGAGCAGCUCAAGGCUAUUCAGGCCCCACCCAGCAUGCAGGUCAGCACACGGAGAGCUGGGCCUGGGAGCAGCUCAAGCAGCUGGGGUCCCACACGGUGCACAGCUCAGCGCAGGGAGAGUUGACCUCAAGAGCAGCUUGAGGCUGUUCAAGUUAGCCCUGGCUCUAGGCCGAGUAACCAGAGUCCUGCAGAGUGGCUCCAUGUUAAACUAAAAGAGCCCUGGUCCCCAGGGCAGGGAGAGGAAGGGGAAAGACCCCCAGUGUGAGGCCAGGGAACUGGAGCCAGUAAGGGCUUGGCUCCUGUAGGAGCACCGUGGAUGUCUAGCGUGGGGCACCACACCAUCAAGAGUAGCCAGAGGCAUCGCUGGAAAGAGGCCCUUGCAGGACUGGUCACCAGAUUUCAUAGAUUUCAUAGAUUUCAUAGACAUUAGGGAUGGAAGGGACCUUGGAAGAUCAUCGAGUCCAGCCCCCUGCCCAAAGGGCAGGAAGUCAGCUGGGGUCAUAGGAUCCCAGCAAGAUAAACAUCCAGUUUGCUCUUGAAGGUGUUCAAUGUAGGCGCUUGAACCACCUCCAGUGGCAGGCUGUUCCGGACCUUGGGGGCUCGGACAGUAAAGAAAUUCUUCCUUCUGUCCAGCCUGAAACGCUCUUGUAGUAGUUUAUGACCAUUCGACCUAGUCGUCAUCCCUUGGGGCGCUCUGGUGAACAAACGUUCCCCCAGAUACUGAUGGUCACCCCUGAUAAACUUAUAGGUGGCCAUCAGAUCACCCCUGAGCCUGCACUUUUCUAGGCUAAAGAGCCCCAGGGCUCUCAGCCUGUCAUCGUAGGGUCUGCUUCCCUGACCUCUAAUCAUGCGCAUGGCUCUUCUCUGGACUCUCUCAAGCUUCUCUACAUCCUUUUUUAAUUGUGGAGCCCAAAACUGGACGCAGUACUCCAGCUGCGGCCUCACUAAGGCCGAGUACAGGGGGAGAAUGACGUCCCGGGAUUUGCUUGAGAAGCAUCUAUGGAUGCAAGCCAGCGUUUCGGUCGCUUUACUAGCUGCAGCAUCUCACUGCAGGCUCAUGUUCAUCUUGUGGUCAAUGAUGACCCCCAAGUCUCUUUCUUCCAUAGUGCUAGCCAACAUAGCACUGCCGAGCCUAUAAGGAUGCCGCAGGUUUUUCUUCCCAAGGUGGAGAACCUUGCAUUUAUCGGCGUUGAACACCAACAGAUUCUCAUCCGCCCACUUGCUGAGCCUGUCCAGGUCAGCCUGGAUCACCUGCCUGUCUUCUGGUAUGGAUGCUUUUCCCCAAAGUUUGGUGUCAUCGGCGAACUUGGCCAGUCCGCUUCUGACUCCAGUGUCCACAUCAUUAAUGAAGAUGUUGAACAGUAUGGGUCCAAGGACAGAGCCCUGGGGGACCCCACUGGUCACAGGACACCACGAUGAGUGACUUCCAUUAAUUACUACCCUCUGGGUCCGACCCCGGAGCCAAUUUUCCAGCCAGUGGAUCGUGGAGGACCCAAGGCGACAAUUGGCCAGUUUGUCCAAGAGGUGAUCAUGGGAAACCAGAUCGAAGGCUUUUUUGAAGUCAAGAUAUAUGACAUCAAUCUCUUCUCCUUUGUCCAGGUGAUAGGUCACCUGGUCGUAGAAGGAAAUGAGAUUGGUCAAGCAAGACCUACCCGCAACUAACCCGUGCUGGCUAUCCCUUAAGAUGUUGGCGUCGGCCAGUCCAUUAAGGAUGGCCUCUUUAAUAAACUUUUCUAAGAUCUUCCCCAGGAUAGAAGGCAGGCUAAUGGGCCUAUAGUUAGCCGGAUCCACUUUCCUCCCUUUCUUGAAGAUAGGCACCACAUUGGCCUUCUUCCAGUCUUUGGGCACUACACCAGAGCACCAAGAGUUUUCAAAGAUCCGUGCUAGAGGCUGGGCUAUGAUGCUCGCCAGCUCCUUGAGUACCCUGGGGUGAAGAUUGUCAGGGCCAACUGACUUGAAGGUAUCCAGCUUCUCAAGAUGUUCCUUCACGAAGUCAGCAUCAAUGGAGGGCAGGGGAUCACCCUCAACUGGACUUCCCUGUCCCGUAGCGGGCAUGGGCGUCCCAUGGGACUGAUGAAAGACCAACGCGAAGUACCUAUUUAAUAGGUUGGCUUUUUCCUGGGCGUCAGUUGUCAGUUGCCCCAUCUGGUUCAGCAGGGUCCAACGUUGCCCCUGCUUUUCCUCCAGCUCCCCACAUAUCUGAAAAGGGACGUUUUAUUGUCCUUGAUGCUCAAAGCUAGUUGGAGUUCAGUUGCAGCCUUGGCUUUCCUGGUAUGCUCCCUACAGGACCGGACCAGUGCAGAAUAAUCCUCCUUGGAGGAGACUCCCAUCCUCCAUCCUUUGUAGGCCUUUCUUUUUAGCCUCAGGAGGUCCGCUAGGUUCCUGGAGAGCCAGGGGGGCUGCUGUGCCCUCUUGCUGCCUUUCCUCCGAGAUGGAAUAGACUUAGCUUGUGCAUUGAGGAUCGCUCCCUUAAGGAGCAACCACUCUUCUUGAACUCCCCUCUCCCCAUGGUCAUGGUCCCUUAGGGCCUCACUGACAAGCCUCCUGAUCUUGUCAAAGUCGGCUUUCCUGAAGUCAAGGACUUCCGUGUCGCUGACCAACUUGCCAGCUUUUCAGCAGAUGGUGAAGGUGAUCAGCUCGUGGUUGCUGUCACCCAGCUUCCCAUCGACCACUAGGUUGCCGACAAGCCCUGUCUGCUUCAGAGUGGGAGCGUGAGUUGCUGGGGAAGCAGGUCUCACAGGGGAGGCGGGCUUGGGAGAGGAGGGUCUGCAGCCUCCACCCUUCUUCAUUGUAAGGGGGGGCAUGUCCACAUCCUGGGGCCCUAAAGGGGAGGGGCUCCAGGGAACACCCCAUAUUUUGUGAUGUUUUUGUUUGUGAUGUUUUUGUUUUGUGUUUGUGAUGAUUUUUUGAUGUUGCUUCAUACUGUAGAGAUUAAUAUAGUUAUGAGUACUCCUUAAGGGGGUUUAUAUGGGUUUAUUUCUCUUCAUUACUUAUAUGUGUUUACUGCCUAUUAUUGGAAUUUACCUGUAUUGUUGCCUGUGUACGUCUAUUGCACUGCUAUCUCAACUUACCUGGGUUUAUAUAAGUUGAUGAUUAUAUGUGUUUUAUUGUGUUGAUGCCUUGACUUACCUGUUCCAGGGUGUUAAUGUUCAUCUGUGCAUGGGGUUAAUUAUUGCCUUUGCUGUGAAUCACCUGUUCUAUGUUUUGCAGUCGCUCGAAGUGGUGCAACGUGUUGAUUGCAGUGUAUUGUGUAAGGUGUCACAUACUACUUCUGUAAAUAUUUAAUGUUUAUUAUUUAUAUUUAUUUUGUA